AUGAUGGUGUCCUUCCUCCUCAUCUGCCUCCAGGCAGCUCUUGCUCUUGCAGCCUCCACUUCACCGGCCAACACAUCAACUGCUCUGAGCAACUGUCUCGCCUCCAAGAAAGUUCCUUACAUCCGCCCUAACUCACCCCAAUGGACCCAAGAAGUUAGACCUUACAACCUUCGUCUGGCCUACACUCCUGCUGCAAUUGCCCUCCCUACUACUGUUGAUCAUGUCCAAGAUGCCGUCAAGUGCGGUAAUCAGUACCAGGUGCGAGUCAGCGCCAAGAGUGGCGGCCAUAGCUAUGGCUCUUUCGGCUACGGAGGCGAGAAUGGCCACCUAGUUAUCGUGCUGGAUUCUAUGGACCAGGUUACGUUGAACAAGUACAUGAGUUGUAACAUCCAGGCUGGUGCUCGGCUUGGACAUGUUGCUUCGGAGUUGUAUAAGCUUGGUCAGAGAGCUAUACCCCAUGGAAGCUGCCCAGGGUACGAAACGCACCUUCAUCAAGCACGUCCACAGACUAACAGAGAUAGUGUUGGUAUUGCAGGUCAUGCCCUUCACGGAGGCUAUGGAUUCGCCUCACGAACCUACGGUCUCACACUCGACACUUUUAUCGGCGCAACCGUGAUUCUUGCCAACGGAACACGAACAUACGCUGCAGAUGGUGAAGGGGGAGAUAACCAACUCAUGUGGGCUCUUCGCGGCGCGGGAUCUUCUUACGGGAUCGUGGUUGAACUCGAUUUCCAAACGAUCAAAGCACCUGACACAGUCACGCCGUUCAGCAUCGAACUGGACUGGAAUGAGAAUCAAGCUGUCGAGGGACUGAUUGCGUUCCAGAAGUUUGCUGUGACCGCACCAAAGCAGCUGAAUAUGCAGAUCUACAUUGGACCAUCAGGGCAGACUAUUCAGGGUGUUUACUAUGGAACUAGGGUGGCUUUGAAUACUGCGCUUAAGCCUUUUCUUGGAGAUAUAAAAGCACAGAUUUCUGCCUCGAGCACUGGGGGCUGGAUUGAGGGAUUGAAGGCCUAUGCUAACGGCCAGAACCUCGAUCAGAGACGUCCAUACAACCAGCACAGUACAUUCUACAGCACAAGUCUCAUGACUAAAGCCAUCACCCGAUCUCAAGUCAAGUCCUUCGUCAGAACGCUCUUCGACAACAUCAAGGACUCCGACGCCCGGCACUCAUGGUACAUCCUCAUCGAUCUCUUCGGCGGUCCCAAAUCCGCCAUAACAACAGCCGGCUCCACCAACAGCGCAUUCCCCCAUCGCGACAAACUUCUCCUCUUCCAGUUCUCCGACCACGGAAACUACGCUUCUCAUGCAAACAACGGCUUCACGUUGCUGAAGAGAUUCAGAGAGAGUAUCACCAAGACCAUGGAUGAUUCGGAUUGGGGCAUGUAUGCGAAUUACUUGGAUACUCAGUUGGAGAAUCGGGAGGCGGUUGAACAGUACUAUGAGUUGAGCUUGGGAAGAUUGAGGGAGCUUAAGAGAGCGUAUGACCGGAAUGAUAUGUUCUGGAACCCGCAGGCCAGAAAAGUACCGCAUUGGACCCAGUAUCAGAUGUGGAUGGAUGUUCUUGCUGCUGCAGUACUUCUUGAGAUGAGCAUCGCAUUGGCGAUUGGUGGCACUGAAUUCGAUGCAGUAAGGUAG